GAAUGAACAGCCGUGAGAGAUAAAAGCCGCCGAAAUGGAGGGGGGACAGAGCCGGUAAUGGCGAAAGAGAGAUCUGCGCGUUCCUGGAAACUCGAAGCUUGGGAAAAAUGGCGUCAAGAGUUCAUCUCGCAAUGUCAAAUAAACCUUCGUACGGUCGGCGCAUUGACUAGACCAGGUGGUCAGUCCACACAGUGCGAGAAAUUCAAAUUAAUGUAAUUGUUUGAUUGGAUGUGGGGACAAUGAGAUCGGUUUUGCCCCUUUCAUUCACGUUCGCAGGCCCCUCUAACUUAAAGAACGUGAAAAUGGCUCAUUCGUUAAUGCUUUAAGUGCUGCUGCUAUAACCAAUGACUGAAUUUCCUAGAACUUCGAAGAAGAGGGCUUUUCAUAUCUACCAUGGCGAUGGUUAUGGAGCUCCAAAUCAAGAGUCAAAACGAAUCAAUAUACUUGGGACGGCUUUUCUGGAGGAUAGCAUGUUCACUAUUCUCGAACCUUUGAUUCGGAGAGUGGUAAGAGAAGAAACAGACUGUGCUAUUACCAAAAAUUUUCUCUCUUCUUCAAGCAGCUCAAUUAGCGAAGCUGAAACAACGACAGCAGGAUUUAGUAUGCAGCUGCUGUUUGAUGGCAAACUGCCAGAUCAAAUAUUCACAAACAAUCCACUGAAAGCCGAGGGGGGCAAACCAUUGGAAAUUCAUCUAUGCUAUGCCAAUUCCAAGACUGUAGUGGAAUCUGGUCCACUAUCAUCGGCGAAAGUCGAUUUUUCUGUCAUCAGUGGGCAAUUUUCCAGAGAUGAGGAUGAUUGGACUGAGGAGGAGUUCAAUUCUAAAAUUUUAAGUGAAAGAGAUGGUAAAAGACCUCUUUUAGCGGGAUCCCAGAGUAUCGUAUUGAAAAAUGGGGUUGGAAUAAUAAAAGAUCUAAGCGUUACUGAUAAUUCCAGCUGGAUCCCGAACAGGAAGUUCAUAUUGGGAGCUAAAAUUUCACAAAAAAACUCUGGAGAAUAUAGAGUUAAGCCAGCCAGAAGCUAUCCUUUUUCCGUCAAAGACUGCCGUGGAGAGAGGUAUAUGAAGCAUCAUCCUCCAAGUGUGCAAGAUGAAGUAUGGCGUUUGGAGAACAUUCGAAAAGAUGGUAAAUUCCAUCACCAGCUUACCAGACACAACAUUCACACUGUCGAAGACUUUCUCCGGCUGAAUGAAACAAAUCAACGCAAGUUGCGCUCCAUACUUGACCCAAUGUCAGAUAGGAUGUGGCAAAAAGUUUUGGAUCAUGCAAAAACUAGCAUCACGGGCAGUUGCACGGUUCCAAGAUGCCCAAAUGGAUGGGAUGGGGCAAUAGUUGAAGAUCUAAAGCAGCCAAUAUGUAUGAACAGAUUUGAUGAGCAACCAACCUUCAAACCUCCAUUGACCUACCGGCAAGCUGGUCCUAUUUCUCCGAAUCUACGGUUGCAUCCAUUGCCUGACGUCAUACAUUCACAAGAGAACCUGCAAAUUUGUGCUCCAAAUACUAACAACAGCGAACAAGAUGGAAUACCUUCAAUUUUCCAAAUACAUAACAGUCAUGCAGGCCAAAUCUUUCCUCCAAUACUGCAACCUGAUUACAUUGUAGAUGACUGUACUUUACUGAUACAAACUCCAGUUUACUAUCCCCCAGCAACACUCGGGCAUGGAAACGAGUUUCUUCCUUCUUCGAGUUAUGCAGCAGAGGCUGGGGCAAUGUCAAUCGAAUCUUCGAAAUGGAAAUGGAAAAGCCAAUAUUCAGACGUUGUCUCGCCGUGCUCCGGUUCUAAAAUGUCAAGUAACUUCCUUUAUUGUCUUAGUGUCGUGUAAUACUGCUCACCCAAGGAGUAAAUUUUCUGCUAAAUUUGCAGGUUCUUCUUAAUCUGCUUUAGGUUACUUUGUUUUAUUUUUUUGUAGAUAGUCCUCUUUUGUGUCCCUGCAAUAUUUAUCUUUCCCUUGGGGCCAAUGUGCAGCAAAGAGUCUGCUUUCCUCUUUUUAUCUAUAUAAGCUCUGCUAGUUGAAGUUGUUGUAACCUAUAAAACAAUUAGAAAGGAACAUAUGUUUUUCUUCGAAAUGAACAUCACAAGUAUACAGGUUCCUA